AUGUUGAACUUUUUGUUAUUCAAGGUGAUAUUCAUUGGCGCAGUGAUGGACCCUGUUUGGAGACAUAUUUUACGCUUAUCGAUGUGGAUUGGUGUAUUGGGGUUUAUGCGUAUUUUUAGUCUGCUAAGUCGAGAUCGAUUAGAUAAUUUGACAACAGUAGCCUUUGUUUCUUUACGGAAAUACUAUAAGAUUACAGUCUUAUUAUCUACUAUUCUAUUCAGUAACAUUAUUUGGUAUGUAGGAUCACUUUAUCUGUUUCCUACUUCAUUAGCAUUUCUUACAUUGGAGUUUUUACCUGUUGUGUUGGAUACAACUCAAGUAUUGAUCAAAUACAUGACACAUUUAAUGGAUCAAUGGAUAGAGAAUGGGUUUGAAGGCAAGCGUCUGAUCAAUUACUAUACAGAAUUAGGCGCAGAAGUCUUAAUUCUCGGCUGUACUUUAUUGCAAUACCUUCAAUUGAUAUGGAUGCAUGGUGUGUCUUUUGGACUAGUAGACAUUGUCUUGUUUCUCAAUGUACGAAGUGUAUUGAAGAACUUGUAUCAAAAGGUUGUUAUUUACCGUGAAAGAUGGAAAGCAAUGUCUUAUGUUCGAGAUCGCUAUGUCAAUGCCUCUGCUGAAGAAUUAGCGAAACACAAUGAUGAUUGUGCUAUUUGUCGCGAAAAGAUGAAGACAGCAAAAAAGUUGGCCUGUGGUCAUUUAUUUCAUUUGUGA